UCCGUUUCUCUCUCUUUUCAAUCGUCCACAUUGUCAGUGGAGGUUUAUCGCAGGAUUUCCAGCUAUUUUCCGCGAAUAGCAAGCAUCUUGUGCACUCAAUUUUGCACUAAACAGGAUCCACCAUGCCGCCUAAGUUUGAUCCCAAUGAAGUGAAGUUCGUGUACCUCCGCUGUGUUGGAGGCGAAGUGGGCGCUACCUCAUCACUGGCCCCGAAGAUCGGUCCUCUGGGUUUGUCGCCGAAGAAGGUGGGUGAUGACAUCGCCAAAGCGACGGCGGACUGGAAGGGACUGAAAAUCACGGUGCAGCUGAGGAUCCAGAACCGACAGGCCACAAUUGCUGUUGUGCCUUCAGCCGCUUCCCUCAUUAUCCGCGCCCUGAAGGAGCCGCCAAGAGACAGGAAGAAGGUCAAGAACAUCAAGCACAGCGGAAACAUCUCCUUCGAUGACAUCCUCGCCAUCGCACGCACGAUGCGGGAGCGCUCGAUGGCCCGGGAGCUGAAUGGCACUUGCAAAGAGAUCCUCGGCACGGCUCAGAGUGUGGGAUGCACGGUGGACGGACGCCAUCCUCACGAUAUAAUCAAUGACAUCAAUAACGGGUCCGUCGAGGUUCCCGCUGAAUAAGGAAUGUCUGCAAAUACAGAAGAAAAACAUUCAGAGAUA